AUGAAACUUCAAACACUCGCAUUAGUCGCAACCAUCGCAGCUGCAUCUGCUAGACCAAUUAGUGACCACUCUGGCCACAACGCUGGUACAAAGGACACCAAUGUACACGGCAAGGAUGGUAACUAUCACGUUAACACUAAGGACGCCUCUGCUGGCUCAGGACAUAAGCAAGACAAUGACCACGGCGAUGGCCUCCUCAAAAGAUAUGGUCACGAAGAGCACCACGGACACCACGGAUACCCUCACGAAUACCACCACAAACGUCAAGAAUGGGGUGAAAAAUUAAACGAACAAAGAAAAGAAAUGAACGAUAAGCACGGAAAGCACGAUGAUAAGCACGGAAAGCACGAUGAUCACCACGGUCACCGCGAACAAGAGCACCACAAGAGAGGUGAGCCACAACACCACGGUCACCACGGUCACCACGACGAUCACCACGGUCACCGCGAACAAGAGCACCACAAGAGAGGUGAGCCACAACACCACGGUCACCACGGUCACCACGACGAUCACCACGGUCACCGCGAACAAGAGCACCACAAGAGAGGUGAGCCACAACACCACGGUCACCACGGCCACCACGACGAUCACCACGGCGAUAAAGAGCAUGGCCAUGGUCACCACGACAUGCACCACGAUGAGCAACACGACCACUUCUAA